AUGGACAACAACAAUACCACCACCACUACCACCUCCACUACCAUCAAUACGAAUCAGCCCACUUUUUCAGACGCGUUAAAGACCAUCAAAGUGGAAGACUUUUCUAAUGUCGGCAAGAUUCCUUGUGCCCGUAAUGCGUUCCUUUAUGGCAUGGGUGCUGGUUUUGGUAUAGGCGGUGUGCGAUAUAUCGUCAAGCGCUCUGUACCGAGUGCAGCCAACUGGGCAGUAGCAGCCUUUUGUGGCGUAUCAGCCAUUGCAUUUGAAUUGUGUCACAUGGACCGACGACAAAAGCUGGAACGAUUGCAUUUGAUUGUCAAGGAAACCAACUCUCGUGGUGAACAACGACGACGUAUGGUUGUGGAUGAACAAGGCAAGAAUGGUGCUUUCCACGUGGUAGUAGAUACUCCUCCCCAAUCAUCCGAUUCUUCUUCAUCUUCAUCAUCCCCAUUACCAUCAUCAUCAUCACCAUCAUCAUCAUCAUCCGAUAAAGAUCAGCAAUAG